GUGACUGUGAAUUAUGACAAAGCAUGCUGACGAACAUGGAGAGCACUUUUCAGAUUCUAUUGAAAAGGAUGGAGCUGGAAAACAUGUGUCUUUCCCUCCUGAUAAGGAAAUUGUCUCAGGGUUUGCAGAGUUCAAGGGCACUCAAAGUGGUGGUGGCAGUCCUACUGUGGCAGACAUUAUCUCUGCCUAUGAACAGAGCUGUGAGAAGCAUCAAGUCGAGCCCAGCCUCAAAGCUGUGGAGCAGAUCAAGCUAGUUGCCAGUGUUGGCACGAGAGCUGGAUGUCUUGAUCUAAGAGGUGAACAGCUGGAUUACUGCUCAUGUGAAUCUCUUGAAGAUAUUUUGAAAUUCAUACAGUUUGAUUCUAUCAAUCUUCAAGAGACAGAGCUUGAGGAAAAUGGUGCAUCAUCCUUACUGGAAAUGAUUUUGUACUACGAAUCGGCAUGUCAGCUCAAUAUUUCAUCCAACGUCCACAUGGGCUUUGCUGGCUGGAAAGCCCUCGCACACCUUACCCGACAGAGUAGCUGCCUGUGGAGGCUGGAUGCGUGCAGCAUGCCCAUGGUGGAGUACCCUGCGCAGGCCUUGUCAAAGGCGCUCCUCGCCAGCAGGCUGACGGUGCUGCACCUGGACGGGGCCAGCCUCAGUGGCAGACCGCUCUUCACUCUCGUGGGGACUCUGAAGCAGAACGCUGUGCUACAGGAGCUCAGCCUGGCCAGUAAUGGUCUGAACAGCUACCAGGACGCCAUGCAACUAGGAGACCUGCUGAACAGCAACCGCUGCCUCCUCCUGCUGGACCUCAGCAACAACCUCCUAGCUGAUGAGGGUCUAGAGGAGAUAUGUGCAGGGCUGACGUCUCAGCAAUCAGGUCUGAGGUCUCUGGUGCUUCUCAACAACCAGAUCACACAUGCUGGCAUGGUGCCUUUAGCAAAUGUUUUGCCUGAUUUAAAGACACUUGAAAGUUUAAAACUGGACCAAAAUCAGCUGCAGAAUGAGGGUGUCCACAUCCUGAAGGAAGCCCUGAUGAGGAACAGGUCCAUCCUAGUCCUCGGUCUAGCAGACACGCAGAUCACCUGUGAAGGUGCUGUGGCCUUGGCCGAGUUCAUUGCGGAGAGUCCACAGAUACGACAUCUGGACGUUCGUAGGAACCAUAUCCUCUGCGGGGGCCUGAUGGCCAUCUCUCUGGCCCUGAGAAUCAACCAUUCUCUUAUCGCUCUAGACCUGGACCAGACGAGAAAGGCAGAAAAGAUGAGAUGGCCUGCUUUGACCAGGCUGUUUUGGAGCGGGAGUGAGCCAACCUCCAACGACUAG